CUCCCCACCAUCUGCCUCUCAGUACUUUGUGCAGAUCCUGAACUGAACCCCUUCCUACGAUGGGAGACUCUUUCAUUAUAGCUAUAGACUUCGGCACUGCAUACAGCGGAUAUGCAUUCAGUAUAACAUCCAGGGGGGAAAAAACGGAUCCAUAUUUGAAGAUCUGGGGGGAAGAGGUCGGACUGGCAACCCCAAAGACUCCUACCUGCAUCCUGUUUGAUGAAAACCAAGACUUUAUCAGCUUUGGUUACGAGGCUAGAGAAGAUUAUCUUUCAAUAAAAGGACAAGAAGCCAGAGACAAGUUAUUCUUCGACUGCUUCAAGAUGGCCCUCUAUGGGAAAAAAAUCAACAGAGACCUGAAGAUUGAAGCAGCCAACGGACGGUCAAUGAAGGCGCUGCGGGUUUUUGCAGAAGCUCUGAGAUUCCUGAAAGUCAACGCUCUGACAACGGUCAACUCAAACGCCAAAGGUAAAAUGUUUAUCCCUUCUGACUUCAACUGGGUGCUCACUGUUCCUGCCAUCUGGGAUCCUUCAGCUAAACAGUUCAUGAGAGAAGCUGCAAUGCAGGCAGGUAUUGUGAAAGAGGGAAAUGAAGAUAAACUGCUGAUUGCUUUGGAGCCUGAAGCAGCUUCAGUCUGGUGUAAGAAGCUUCCAGCUGACGGCUUCAUCACACAGAACAUCAGCAGGAGAUCACUGGACCAGUCUCCAGGAACUCAGUACAUUGUUGUCGACUGUGGAGGUGGAACCAUUGACAUCACCGUUCAUGAAGUCCUGGAAGGAGGAACCCUGAAGGAGCUGCACAAGGCCUCUGGGAACGAUCUGGGAGGACAAACUGUGGACAGGAAGUUUAGGGAGUUCCUAAGACAAAUAUUCUGUGAUGGAGUCUGGGAUAAAUACGAACUAACCUAUCCUGUCGAGGUUCAGAAAAUAAUGUAUGACUUUACCCUUUUCAAAAAAGGGGACAAGGAUAUGGAAAUCACCUGCUCACUAAACCUCGGUAUAUUGGCUGCAGCUAACAAAAGCAUUGAGAAGUUCCUGGAAGGAGUGGAAGGUGCUACCUGGGAUGAAGGAUCCAUCAGAAUCUCCAAACAGAAGCUGAGGUCUUUCUUUGCAGAGAGUUUGCAGGGGAUCACUCAGAGUCUGGAGCGUAUUUUACAGGGCGAUUACAGAAUAAAAUACAUUCUGUUAGUCGGAGGCUACGCCGACAGCCAGAUUCUGCAGAGGCAUAUUACUGAAGAGUUCAUCGAUCAAUGCGACGUUCUGUGUCCAUUUAGGCCGCAGGAAGCCAUCCUGAAAGGAGCCGUUGAGUUCGGGAGAAAACCAUCAGUGGUGGCAUCCAGAAAAUGUGCCUUUACUUACGGUAUUGCUGUCGCUAAUAGGUUUGAUGUUUCAAAGCACAGGGCAGAAAAGAAGUACACAAACACAGAUGGUGAAUGGUGUAGCGAUAUUUUCAUGAAACUGGCAGAAAUCAAUGAGGAUAUUGGUUGGAACCAAGUCAAAAAAUUUAGCUUGAGUCCAACUGCCUCUGAUCAAACUGAGAUGAAAUAUACUUUUUAUAGAAGGAAAAUUAAAAGUCCAAAGUACGUGGAUGAGGAGGGAAUAGAGAGAAUAGGCAGUUUUGUUCUUGACUCACCAAACACUGCAGGUGCCCUGAACCGUGAAGCCAUAAUGAACGUACAGUUUGGCUCCACAGAAAUGAAAGCAACUGCAACCGACAUCGAUUCUGGUUCAACUAAAUCAAUCAAGCUUGAAUUUAUGAGGGGAUGAAAACCUGCAGACGCCAUGAAGAUUUCAUGGUCUCUUACUUCUGCCGCUUUUCUCCUUUCUCUGCUUUUUCUCAUAGUAGCUUCAUCUGGUCUGUUCCUGUUUGGCUGUGACUCCAUCCUGGAGAGAAAUAUCAGCUGUGCUGCUGCCAUCAACACCUUUGUUUCUAGAUGUUGGAGC